CCAAUGAGGACAAAAUGAAACAAAAACAGUCUGCUUUUGAUUAAAURUCAAACUGGUGACUUAACUUGUUAUUUUGGCAGCUUUUUCCCCACUUUAGCUCCUGCCCAGGACUCCAUCAGAGAGUUUGGACUARUCAAAGGCACUUGAGCGCAAGAUUUGGGAAAUUCCUUCAAGCUACUUUAUUCCAGGUUUCUGAGGGAUUUAAACAUGCACACUGAGGGUUUUCUGCAGUCAAUGCUGGUGCYGUCGUUUCUGAUCCUGCUCUCUACCGUUGAGGACACUUUGUUACAGUCGGUAAGCCAGGUGGGUGAGGUGUGUAGGCURUCCCAAGAGUCAUCACUGCGCCGCUGCAGGACACCAGAUGGAAAAAUCUGCAGCGGCAGGGGCAAAUGUGACUGUGGAAUCUGCAUGUGUGAAGCCACRGACCCAGGGAAGUUCUAUGGCCCUCGCUGCGUGUGCCACGACUGGGUCUGCGCCACACAUAACGGGCAAAUUUGCAAUGACCGUGGCUACUGUGACUGUGGGAUGUGUGAGUGUGACGAAGGCUGGUUUGGAGAGGCUUGCCAGUUUCAGGAGGAGUGUAGCCUAUCAAGCAAGAAGAGCAGAGAGCUGUGCAAAAAUCAACAGGGGGUGGUCUGCUCCAACAGAGGGACCUGUCACUGUGGGAGCUGCAUGUGUGACCAAAAUGAUGACAAGGGCUUAGUGACGGGACGCUUCUGUGAAUGUGACGACGGCGAAUGUCUGGAUGAAGACACGGGAGAGGUUUGUGGAGGCCAUGGCCAGUGUUACUGUGGAAACUGUUACUGUGCUGCUGGUUGGCAUGGAGACAAAUGUGAGUUCCAGUGUGACAUCAGCCCAUGGGAAAGCAAGCGGAAAUGCACAUCUCCAGAUGGCAAAAUCUGCAGCAACAGAGGUACUUGUGUGUGUGGGGAAUGCACCUGCCAUGAUGUAGAUCCCUCUGGAGACUGGGGGGACAUCCAUGGAGACACCUGUGAGUGCGAUGAGAGGAACUGUCACGCGACGUACGACCGAUACACUGACGACUUCUGCUCAGGUCAUGGUCAGUGUAACUGUGGCAGGUGUGACUGCAAGGACGGAUGGACAGGGAAGAAGUGUGAGCACCCUCUAAGUUGCUCACUGUCUUUGGAUAGCAGCCUGAAGAAAUGUAGAGGAACUUCAAAGCUACCCUGCAAUGGACGAGGGCAGUGUAUCUGUGGACAGUGUAUUUGCCAUCCACCUGAGGAGAGUCGCAUUCAUGGGAAAAACUGCGAGUGUGACGACCGUCAGUGUGAGGACAUGGAGGGAGAGGUCUGCGGAGGUCACGGUUACUGUUCAUGUGGACGGUGCAUCUGCGAGGAAGGCUGGUUUGGAAAUCUGUGCCAGUUUCCCAGGUCUUGCGACAUGAGUGACGCCCAGAGCAAGGAACUCUGCGAGACAGAUGAUGGGGUCGUUUGCAGUGGAAAAGGUUCCUGUCACUGUGGCCAGUGCAUUUGCUCUCGCCAAGAGUGGUGGGUGUCAGGAGAGCACUGCGAGUGCGACGACAGAGAGUGUGACAAACAUGAUGGCCUCAUCUGCACAGGGAACGGCGUUUGCAGUUGCGGCAACUGCGAUUGCUGGGAAGGGUGGACAGGAAAUGCCUGCGAAAUCUGGGUAGGAGCCGAGUACUGAGAACAUUAAGCCGGGGUCAAAACCUUGAGCUUCCAAAACGUCCCGACACGCCAGGAGGACCUUUAGCGUCCGGGACCAGACAGCACAGCGAGAGAAGACUUAACAUAGAUGUAAAUCUGCAUAACACUAAUAUAAUGUACUAAUAUUGCUCUAUCUUCAAUUGUACUGGUUACAAAGUUUGCUUAUUAAAACUGUAUAUUGUUGUCUUAAAAAUACAGCCAACAUAUUCUAAUGUAAACGUUAAUGUUUUCAGAGCUGCUUUUCAUGUAUUAUACUUUGAGAGAAGUUCCUUGUUUGAGAUGGCAGCACUCAGCUGCCACCCCUUGAACUUUUUCCACAGUUUGUCACAUGACAUUUCGAUGCAUUUCAGUUGGAAUAUAAAGCGACUGACCAAACGCAACAUAGUGAAUAUUUGUAUAGAGGAAGGAAAAUAACACAUGGUGCUGAUUUUUAUUUUUAUUUUCCAAAUAAAAGUCUGCAAGCAAGUCGA